CCUCAUGCAGAAUGGAGAUGGAUACGUACAAUCUUAGCACUGUGACUCAGUUCAUCUUCAUAGGGCUCUCUGACCUCCCUGAGGUGCGCUAUCCCCUCUUUGUGGUGUUUGCUAUCAUCUAUCAGAUCACUCUGCUGGGAAAUGGGGCCAUUCUCUUGGCCAUAGUGACUGAAAGAAAGCUUCAAACGCCCAUGUAUUAUCUAUUGGCAAAUCUGUCCCUGCUAGACAUAUUCUGCCCAUCAGCUACGGUCCCCAAGAUGCUCAAGAAUCUCUUGACUGAGGAUCACAGCAUUUCCUUCGUUGGGUGUGCUUUGCAGCUUUAUUUUCUGGUGGCCCUCGCUGGGACUGAAGUCUUUCUCUUGGCUGUGAUGGCUUAUGACAGGUAUGUGGCCAUAUGCUUCCCUCUGCGUUACUCCCUCAUCAUGACCAAGGUUCGCUGUGUGCAGCUGGUGUCUGGGACCUGGACAGCUGGCUUUCUCAAUUCUUUGCUCCACACAGUAUCCACCUUCAGCCUGUCUUUCUGCAAGUCCAACAGAGUUAACCAGUACUACUGUGAUAUACCACCAGUGGUGGCCCUGUCCUGUUCAUCCACCUACAUAGCAGAAAUGCUUGUUUUAGUGGUUGGAGGUAUCUUUGGGGUUGGUGCCUUCCUGAUCACAUUGAUCUCUUACAUAUACAUUGUCUCCACCAUCUUAAAGAUCCAGUCUGUGGAAGGGAAGCGCAAAGCCUUCUCCACAUGUGCAUCCCAUCUUCUUGUGGUUUGCUUGUUCUAUGGCACAACUAUAUUUACGUAUAUCCGCCCUUCCUCUAGUCAACACUCUCCUGCUAGAGACAGACUCAUCUCCAUGCUAUAUGGGGUCAUCACCCCCAUGUUAAACCCAAUUAUCUACAGCCUGAGAAACACAGAAGUCAAAGGUGCACUCAGAAAGGUUUUAUGUCUUAAGAUAUAUUCACAGAAAGGACGAUGUUGA